AUGGUGUACAACUCGCUGACUGAGGCUCCCCGCAACCUCAAGGAGGUUAUUGACUGGUUGAUGGCGUUGAAGGGAACUGACGGUGAAAAAAGUCUGAAAGCUAUAAGUGAAGCACUGCAUAACUUUCUUUCUGACAAGCCUGUUGGUUUGACAGAGGUGCCGGCUCUCGAGAAUGUUAAACGUAUUUCCAAAGAGUUCUUGGAGCAGCCGGAGCUUAAGGACGAGUCGUUCGUAAAAUAUCUGCUUCGGAGAUUCAAUAAAGGUGGUGAAGGUACGCCUAGUUCGUCUGGUUCUCCCAAGACUCCAGAUUCAUCCGAAUCUCCCGAUUCAUCUGAGUCUCCGAAGUCUCCUGAUUCACCCGAUUCUCCGAAGUCUUCUAAGUCUUCCCCUUCCGCAGCUGAGGCCUUUGGGCACAUCGCUCUCAGCGAUUAUGAGAAUAUCGUGGAGAGAACGCGCCUUGGCCCUAAUGAAAUCGCAAAGAACUUAGGUCAAGUGCUGGACAGUUGUGAAAAGUUUUUGGAUGAUGUGAAAAAUCCUGAGCAGUACAAGUCUGCAUACAGUGCAGAUGCGACGUGGGUCAAAUCAUGUUCGAAAAAGCCGGAAGCAUGUGCAGUGGUGCUCGUCGGUAGUGCGCCUAUGUUAUACACAGGACUACGUUCUUUGCGCGACAUAACCCAUGCUCCAACCUGGAAAUAUCCAAACUCUGAUCUACAGACGCGUCUGGCAGCCGUGUUGAAAGCUUUGGGUUACGAAGAGGCGGAUCGCCGCGAGGGACUGAGCCGUUCAGGUGUCAGAAAGGCGUUGAGAGGUGUGAAGGCACGCAUAUUGGAAAUAGUAUAUGACCUUUCUGGAUUUUGGGCUUUUUACGGAUUCGAUGUUAUGGGUGCUAUAACAGCUGAACAAGCCGCAAAAGCUGCUGAAGCCGACCAAGCCUUUGAGGCUGCAAAAGCUGCGGCAGCGGCCGCAAGAGCUGCUGCUGAAGAAGCUAAGGCUGCUGAGGACGCAGACGACGCUGAGGAUGUCAAAUCUUCAGAUGUCGUGGUUGAAAAACCCGCAGACGAUGAAAAAUCUGCCAAGCCUGCUGAACCUGCUAAGGCUGCUGAACCUGCUAAGGCUGCUGAACCCGCUAAGGCUGCUGAACCUGCUAAGGCUGCUGAACCUGCUAAGGCUGCUGAACCUGCUAAGGCUGCUGAACCUGCUAAGGCUGCUGAACCCGCUAAGGCUGCUGAACCCGCUAAGGCUGCUGAACCUGCUAAGGCUGCUGAACCUGCUAAACCUGCUGUACCUGCCAAGCCUGCUGAACCUGUUGCAGCCGCCAAAACCGUUGUACCUACAAAAUCUGCUGCACCUACAAAAGCAAAGCAGAAGUAA